AUGACCUCAACAAGAAGAGGACAAGAAAUGUGGUCCACCCUGGAUGCCACCAUUCUCCAAUGGCUCUACGCUACUAUCUCUCAUGAUCUUUUGCAUAUAAUUCCUGAACCCGACACCACAGCAAUGGAGGUUUGGAAUCAUUUGCGUGACAUAUUCCAAGAUAACAAACACUCUCGUGUUGUCACCCUUGAGUACGAAUUUAUUCAUGUUGACAUAGUAGAUUUUUCGAAUGUCUCUGCUUAUUGUGUGGCCACUCUUAUUCGCCAAUGUGACCCGUUGCCUCAAUUUUAUCAAGCACGUUCGAUGCUCACUCUUGAGGAAGAUGGCCGUGAUAAGAAAGCGGCCCAAAGCUCCUCCGCUGCUUUAGUUGCUCUCUCAUCUAAGGGUUCUCCUAAUGUUCCUGAUAAUUCCUCUUCCAACCGCAAUUCUAAUGGUGGGAAGAAGAACCACAACUGA